UUGCCUUUGCUCUCGGGGCCAGACUCGGGAGCGCGCACACGCGCGUCCCAGGGGGGUCACGCCAGGAGGCUCGGGGGCGGACGUUGACGUGUGCGCGCCGACCGGGCGGGCUGGUAGAUGAGAGCUGACAGGUAAGAAGAGGCAGAAGCGAUCUGCGCGCAGAAGAACGAGUGUGUGCGCGCGCGUGUGUGUGUGCGUGUGGACACAGAGUGUGUCCGGCGGGACUCCACCGCGCACGGGGACUCGUACGGUGACACCGCGGACGCAUGGGGGAGCUUCGGAGGACCUCGGUGCUGCUUCCAUCCGCGGACUGCUGAGCGCUCCACUUCAUCAUCAUCACCGCCUUCUUCAUCCGAUCGUCAUCAUCGUCACUGCUGUCCGAUGCCCAUCCCGGAGCCACCCGUGUAGAGCCGCUGCCCGUCCGGACUUGUGAGUUACCCCCCUGCGAGCCGGGGGUUCCAUGGAGAAGCAAGCCUCCGCCGCCCCCCUGCGGCUCGAACCGGGCGCGCGCGACAUGCCCCCGCUGUGCAGCCGCGGCAGGAUGCUGGUGGGAUUGGACCUGCUGUGCCUCGUCCUCGUGUCCAUCCCCUUCUUUGUCUGCGAGCUGAAGGCCGUGACGCCCUACAAGAGGGGCUUCUUCUGCGGGGACACCAGUAUCACUUACCCGUUUAUGGAGAGUGAGGCCAUCCCAGACAGCGUGCUCAUCUCUGGAGGCAUCAUUAUCACGGGGCUCACGAUUGCACUUGGCGAGUGCUACCGCGUGCGCUUGGGUUGCGUCCGCUCUCGUGCCUUCGUGAGGAACCUCUACGUGUCCAGCCUGUACAAGGAGCUGGGCAGCUUCUUGUUUGGCUGCUGCGUGGGCCAGUCGCUCACCAACAUGGCCAAGCUCAGUGUGGGGCGCCUGCGUCCCCACUUCCUCUCCGUCUGCAACGUCACCUACACCUCGCUUGGCUGCACGCCUGGCGCCUACAUCCCUCAAGUCACCUGCAACCAGUCUAUCAAGAUGGUUGAGGAGGCUAGGAAAUCCUUCUUCUCGGGACAUGCGUCCUUCGCCAUGUACACCUUGCUGUACCUGGCGUUCUACCUGCAGGCGCGGCUGACGUGGAGAGGGGCCCGGCUGCUGCGACCGCUCCUCCAGUUCUUUCUAGUGCUGCUGGCGGUCUACACCGGACUGACGCGCAUCUCAGACUACCGACACCACCCCACCGACGUGCUGACGGGCUUUCUGCAGGGGGCCCUAACAGCAUACUGGGUGGCGUUCCACAUCUCGUCCAUGUUUAAGAACUGCCAGGUAGACCUUUCGCCUGCCGUCCUGUCGCCUGCCGAGAGCCCCCUAUCCAGCCAGCAGACUGACUGCUAGCGCCCCCAAGAGAGCGAAGCCGGGUGAGGAACGGCGAAAUGGGAGCCAAUGGAAGAUGGACUGAAGGAGAACUGCGUGGCACAUGGAGAGGCCGGACCGCCAGUGGUUUGUCCAUCACGAAGGGACAUGCUCUUUGUUGCCCUUGUGAGUGCUGCACCGUUUAUGUCUGAACCCUUUCCUGCGAGAACAGAUGUCCGAAGACUAAUUCCAAGUACCAGUUCCAAGUCUCACAUUUGUCCGGUGAUAGAUGUUUGUACAUAUUUGUCUCCUUUAGCUGAUGCUGCUAAUAAUUACUCGUUUGGUAAUAGAUGUGAAUGAUGGGGGACACGAGUGGCCCCCUCCACUAGUAUUUGGUCUGGUGCUGUGAAAGUCUGAGACCUGACCACAAUCUUUCACCCUCAACCUUUCAACUCCCAUUAGUGUAAAAAGGAAUGACAUCCAAUGGCUCCUUGUCCUGACCUUCUUAACUGUUGGACCGUAUGUUGGCUUGACCGAACCGUGAAAUCAUUUGUCAUCCUGGCGUUUUUGGGUUGGUCAGUUAACAUAGAAGGUUUAAGUAAGGUUUGGGGGGGGCGUUAUGUUGUCCAGUGGAAUUCCUGCAGAAAAAACGAAGCAACUAAUUUCUAUGUUUUAUAACUGGAUUGACUGACGCCAAGCUAACAGUCAGUCCCUAAGAUUCGGCUCGACGUGUAAAAAGUGUAAAAUCGAGCCUCGUGCAUGCAACACUUGAGCGUGAAGACAAACGCCGUUGUACCUCCUUCCAUUAUUCAGAACUGAAUUCAGAUAUGGGUUUGCUUGUCGUUUGUUAAAAAACCUGGAAGCACGGUGGCACAGUAAGUAGUGCUGGUGCCUCACAGCUCCUGGGCUGUCGGUUUAGACAUGGGAUUGAAAAAGCUCCCUGUGUAUGUCUGGGUUUCAUCUCACAGCCCAAAGACAUGUGUUUCAGAUGAACUGGUCACUCUACAUUGUUCAUUGUGUGAGUGUGU